AGUGGGUCAACAGGUUUUCCUCCCUUAUACCUGAAAAUACAAGGCAUCAAAUUACUACAGCCCUGUCUCAUCGCUGCAACUCCCGUACGGACUCGGGAGAGGAAGUUCGAGAGCCGCGUGUCCUCCGCAGCACAACCCAACCGCACUGCUUCUCGACACAAUGCCCACUUAACCCGGAAGCCAGCCGCACCAAUGUGUCGGAGGAAACACAGUACACCUGGCGACUGUGUCACGGUGCACUGCGCACGGCCCACCAUAAGGAGUCACUAGUGCGCGAUGGGACGAGGACAUCCCUGGCGGCCAAACCCUCCCCUAACCUGGAUGACGCUAGGACAAUUGUGCGCCGCCCCAUGGGUCUUCCCGGUUGCGGCCGGCUGUGACAGAGCCUGGACUCGAACUCGGAAUCUCCAGUGGAACAGCUAGCACUGCGAUGCAGUGCCUUAGACCACUGUACCAUUCGCGAGGCCGUUGACAGGAAACAUAAACAAAAUAUAGCCUAAAUAUCUGUGAAGUUCCUCCAAUAAACAGUGAAAUGUGCAGAGACAUUUAUAGCAUUAGACAAGACCAAGGUGCUGGCUGUUAAAGUAGAGACGGUGUAAUUGGUGCUAAUGUGAUCAUUAACAUAGGGCUAAUGAGACCCAUAGAGUGAGGAAACCUCACUAAAAAGCUCCAAUAGACACCAUAAUGAAGGCCAGCCAAGUACUGUCCCAGAGGACAAAUCUGGUUGAAAUGACGUCAUUAUAACCAGUUUACAACCACAACUGCAGGUAAAUGCUCAUUAAAAGUGCAUUCAAAUCCAUCGUAUGCAAAUGUCUCUAAACUGUCUAUCUAUAAAUGAAGCAGUUGCUAAGUUGUUGGUUAAACAUGUCACAUCUCAAAGACUACAUGGCUAAUCAUAGUGGUUACCAGAUGCAGACACCAUAUGGAAACGGAUACAUAAUGAAGUACAACAGUGGUUCAAUAAGAGGCGAGCGCUCCUAACCAUUUGACAAUAGGCCUGGGGUGACCGUCCACGGUGCAGAACAGCUUGACAGGAGUCUUCUCCCACGCGGCGUGGGGCCUCAGAGCCACCAGGAAGUCAGGGGCCUUGUCCGUCUGCGUACUCGACGUCCCCUUCUUGUGCAUCAUCUCCUGCACCUGAGGAGAGACAGUAAAGGUUGCAUUAGCAAAUGAGGGGCAACCUUUCAUCCAGCAGUGCUAAGAGGAAAUGAGAGAGUUAUUGGGCCAAUACAUCUCAGACACCCUCAGCUAUGUCCACACAGUGAAGGAAUUCUGUGACAGGCAUCCAAGGUGGAUCCUGCAGAGAAAGGAGGAACAAUCCAAGAUGAAAAACAUCAAGGAAAUGGCAGACAGAAUCGAUCUUAAAUUCGGCCGAGUCUUGAAUGCAGAAGACAAGACCAAGGCAUUAGGAGAGUUCACGAAAGACUAUCUGACCCAGGUGACUGCAAACCGUAGGCUUAAGAAGCUGGAGAAGGAGCUGGAAGCUGUACUGAAGGACACUCUCAAUGGGCUGGAGGAGCUGGACUGCUUCAUGGAUGCUGUGGAGAGGCUGGUGGUCACCUCUCUGUUUGUAUUUGCUGAUGAAAACCGGUUGUGUCCUCUGCCUCAGGGGAGGGAACCAGCAAGUGUCCGAGCUGUCAUCACCUCCGCUAGAAUGACCUGUCCUCUCCUCAUCCACUUUAAGAGGGACGCUUCAGCCUUCUUUUCCCCAUGCCUCCUCAAUGUGGAGGUGCUGCAUGUGUACUUGGAAAAUUACAUACACAUCUCUGAGCAGCUGUGUGAGAGAAUACGAUUGGGAAAAACAAAAACAUUUUGCCGAGAGAAGAAUGACAACUUGAUGAUUGACACCAGCACUGAAGUGAAUGAAAAGUCCAUGCAGACCAUGUUUAACCAUUUGCGCCAUUUGAGUGAUAUCAGGAUGGACCAGCACUUCAGACUGACGUUCCUGUUCCAGGAGUCUGCCCUGCACUUCAUUGGUCUGUUCAGUCAGCGCCACUCCAGAAUGCUGGACUGUCUAAAAGAGCUGGAAAGGAGAGCUGGCAAACUAAAUAAGAUGAAGAAAGGGGGUUAUAUCUCCAGUGUGUUAGGCAGUGCAGUGGGGGCGACAGGAGGGGCUCUAACCAUCGCAGGCCUUUGUCUUGCCCCUGUUACUGCUGGGCUGUCACUGGGACUCACCAUCGCAGGGAUUGGAAUGGGUGUGACCAGUGGGGUCAACAGUCUAACCACCGGUGUAACAAAGGUGGCAUUUAAAAGCUACCAAAACAAGAAAGCCAAUACAAUCUUUCAAUGUUUCUUGGAGGACAUGCAAAGACUCCAUGGUAGUCUGGAGAAGGUGGCCAGCAACAUUUGCCCUUUGGAGCCGAAGGUGGUGGCAUUAGUGGUUGGGAAGAAUAUAGGCAAAGGUGGUGCGAGUUUAGGAAAGAAGAUCAAUGCCAUAGUAAAAAAUACCUCUGCAAUAGAGGCCUUAAUGGGAAAAGGCAUGGUUAUGGGUGCAGGCAAGGUGGGACUCCAAGAGGGCAAAACAUUUGCUGCAGAUUUACCUGACAUUGGGAUGUUGGCACAAGGCACUCCACUCGCCCUCUCUAGGACAUUAAGGCAAUGCGCUGUGGCCUCAAAUGCCCUAUUCAUUGGCCUGGACAUCAUCACUAUCUGUAAAGACAGUGUCAGCCUGGCCAAAGGCAGCAAGAGCAAGAGAUCCCAGCUCAUCCGAGCCAGAGCAGCACUGUGGCGCACAGAGAUUGACUCAUGUCAGAGGAUCCAUGACUCACUGUGCCGAGGCAUCUGGAGGUUCAGUAAGAGUCAGCGAAUCCUGAAGAAGCCAUUUUACCUCGUGAAGGAGUUAGAAAGUCUAGAGCCGCUUGUGGAGAUGGGACUCAUGGAGCAGCCUGCGAAGGAGAUGGAAACUCUUGGGCAGCCUGAGGUUGAUAUAGAAACUCUGGUGCCGCCUAUGGAGGAGACGAGACUCCUGGGGCAGCCUAUGGAGGAGAUGAGACUCCUGGGGCAGUCUAUGAAGAAGACGAGACUCCCAUGGCUGCCUAUGGAGGAGACGAGACUCAUGGGGCAGCCUAUGGAGGAGACGAGACUCAUGGGGCAGCCUAUGGAGGAGACAAGACUUCUGGGGCAGCCUAUGGAGGAGAUAGAAAAAGGUUUUUGCAACUGGAUGUGGCAUUCGGGCAUGAUGUUGUUGCUGUUGCUGUUAGCAUAUGUAUGGGCUGAGAACAUUUCUAAGUAGUAAUGGAGAAUAUCAAGAAGUCAACACACCUGCCGUUUGGACUGCAUCGUUUCCUGUGCAUCACUUCCUGUACGACUUAAUUGCAUAACAUGUAGAUUUGACAUGAUUACUGUGCAUGGUUUUAAAGCUACUUGGACUUGAGAACAUAUUUUUUAAAUUAAAUGUAUUUAAGAUUAUUACAAUUUUAAUUCAAACUACCCCUUUAUCUGGGCGGUGUUCAUGUUGUGGAAUAGUCAGAUCUAAUUGGUACUAGUUGUACCAACUGAACAUAGCUGUUCUACGUCAGAUUCUAGAACUUUUCACUGUACAUUGAUGUAGUGUAACAAUUGAUUUAGUUUCAAAAGAGUUUAAUCCACAUUAUAUUGUUGAGAAAAUCUAAUAGGCCUGCAUAGUUAUUUCAGCAUGGUUAAUCAACGUCUGAAUUGUUUAGGCAUGUACUGCCCUCUAGUGUAUUCUACUUGUGUGACAUGUCUUGCUGUUAUUGAUUGUUACUCACUUCACUUAAGAUAUGUGCAGAUAAAAGUGCAUUAUUUUCUACUUUAGCCAUGUUUAAGUAUCCAUACAUAGUUCAAUUACAGAACUCCAGAGAUGACAUUUUCAGAAACAGUGAUACCCUACUAUAGCCCUACAACUAUUCUGAUUCACAACUUUCUCAUUUGAAAAUGCUAAAAUAGCUGGAAUACACCUACUAUGAUUUGGCAGAUUAACUUGUGCAGAAAUAAAUUAACCACAUAGGCAAAUAAAAUUACACCAAAAAGAUCUAAGUGCUUUUGGCCAACAUUAUGAUCUACACUCAACGGACAGUUUAUUAGGUACACCCAUCAUUGUGCGUCCCAAGAUGCCGAUCUUCACACCACUGCGCGGUUAUUUGCCUGUUUGUGGCCUGCCUGUUAGCUUGCACGAUUCUUGCCAUUCUCCUUCGACCUCUCUAUUCAACAAGCUGUUUUUGCACACAGGACUGCAGCUGACUGGAUGUUUUUUGUUUGUCGCAUCAUUCUCAGUCAAUCCUAGACACUGUUGUACGCACAAAGGCCCAGGAGGGCGGCCAAUUCUGAGAUACUGGAUCUGGCGCGCCUGGCACCGACGAUCAUACCACGCUCAAAGUCGCUUAGGUCAGUUAUUUUGUCUAUUCCAACGUUCAAUCAAACAGUAACUGAAUGCCUCGAUGCCUGUCUGUCUGCUUCAUAUAGCAAGCCACGGCCACGUGACUCACUGUGUGUAGGAGCGAAACAUUUUCAUGAACAGGGUGAUGUACCUAAUAAACGGUCCAGUAUGUACGUAUGUUACAGGUGUAAUUACAGAGCUGGUCUAAAAAUAAAUGCCACUACAUUACAGUACAGUAUUAACACUUCCUCCCAUUUAGAAUUGUAUGACAAGACAACAAAUAAUGAUUCUAUCUGAGAAUGUAAUUUAUGCCGAUUGUUUGCCAAUGAACCAAUCAAAAUGUUAUAACAGUAGUGACAGAAAUGGCAAUAACAUUUAGUAAGUUCAGAUUUAAUACAAUAUUAUCCCAUCCUAAAAGCCAAUGUUAUAUUUUUGUUCUACCAUUUUUCCAGAACAUAACUUAUUCAUAACUUUAAAUGAGUUGUUAAAAAGACCAAUAUCUCAAUAUACAAUAAACAUA